AUGAAGCGGGUCCGCACGGAGCAAAUCCAGUAUGCUGUGGCUCAGUACCUCAAGCGCAGACAGUAUGUGGAUUCCACUGACGGCUCACUGAAAGGCGCCAAACUCUUUCAGACAGCGGAGGAGAUGGCUGCUAACCUCACUGUCCAGAGUGAGUCGGGGUGCGCCAACGUGGUGUCAGCGGCACCGUGCCAGUCGGACCCUCAGCAAUAUGAGUCGCAGUACGCAAGGCUGCGCUGUUUCUUGUCAGAAGUAGACAUCUCAUGGGCGAAAGAAGUGAGCGUGAUCCUCUACCCGCUCUUCGUCUACCUCCAUCUGGACAUGGUGCGAUGCGGCCUAAAGUCGGCGGUGGACGGCUUCUACGCACGAUUCCAUGCCGCCUUCUUGCAGGAUGGCGAACAGCGCGCGACUGUGGAGCAGCUGCGCCAUGUGCUCAGCGCUCAGGACGUGGCGGCAAGCCCGCGGCUCACCGCCUUCCUACAGCACAAAUACGUGGUGCGUCUAACCGAGGGCGCCCACGGCUAUCUGCUACGUUACCUUCAAAGCGAUGACAACGCUACCAUCUGCAGGGUACUCGUUGCACACUUGCAGCUAGAGGUAAGCGCCUCUAGGCGAACUGACUACCAACUUUACGGGACGGCAGGCGGAUCCACCCCAUCCACCGGUGCCCUUAACUCCACCUGGGUGGGAGCUGAUGUCUGCGAGGGCAGCGAAACUGCCGCUUCGGACGCAGAUCCAGCUAGCGCCCCGCAGAGCGAGGCGGCCCUGGAGGCGUUGCGCGACUGUAUCAAGAAAGUUCGCGAGGGGCCGCCGUCCCUCACCACCGUGUGCUUCUACGCCUUCCAGCACACAGAGCAGCUGCUCAACACGGCGGAGGUGUCGCCCGACAGCCGCCUGCUAGCCGCCGGAUUCGACAACUCUGCCGUUAAGUUGUGGAGCCUCCACGCACGUAAACUCAAGGCCAAGCCACACGUGACUGAUGUGUCGCAAGUGCGCUUGGCUUGCGACGUCUUGGAGGAGCAAAUGGACGAGGAGGAGGCGUCGGGCAGCGAGAUAAAGAUGCUACGCGGACACAGCGGCCCCGUAUUCCGGACCGCCUUCCUGACGGAUAGCUCCGGCCUGCUCUCAUGCUCGGAGGACACAAGCAUACGCUACUGGGACUUGGGCAGUUUUACAAACACGGCUCUCUACCAAGGCCACGCCUACCCGGUUUGGGACGUGGACGUCAGUCCGUGUAGCCUGUACUUCGCUAGCGGCUCCCACGACCGAACCGCCCGCCUCUGGACCUUCUCGCGCACAUACCCGUUGCGCCUCUACGCCGGGCACCUUGCGGAUGUGGACUGCGUCAAGUUCCACCCCAACUCCAACUACCUGGCCACAGGCUCUAGCGACAAGACAGUGCGGCUGUGGAGCACGCAACAGGGAGCGUCGGUGCGCCUCUUCACCGGCCACCGGGGACCCGUCCUAGCGUUGGCCUUCUCACCCAAUGGCAAGUACUUAGCGUCGGGCGGCGAGGACCAGCGUGUUAAACUGUGGGACCUGGCCUCAGGGACACUCUUCAAGGACCUACGGGGCCACACGGACAGCGUCACCGGCCUGUCCUUUAGCCCGGACAGCAGCCUAGUGGCGUCCUCGUCCACCGACAACUCUGUACGGGUGUGGGACGUUCGAAACUCCCACGGUGCCACGCCGCCUGACGGCUCGUCUGCCGAGCUGGUGGGCUCGUACACGGGAAACACUAGCAACGUUCUCAACGUGCAAUUCAUGGCAUGUAAUCUGCUGCUGGUGACGGGCACCGCGCAGGAUAAAACGGAAGCAUAG